AUGGACUCCCUUUCGAGAGGAGGUCUAGGCGCUGUCGAUGAUGAGGGCUAUGCAGGGACUUCUGAGUGGAUUGUACUGGUCUCACUCGAGGAGGCUUACCACAGGGCUAUCGCUAGCUUUGCAGUCCAGUUGUUUCUGACCCUUGAAGGAGUUUCUCCGUCGACCUUGCCAAGCUGCCUCAAAGUUAUCUUGGAGGAGAUUACAGCGCUUAUUCGACAGCUCCCCGACUGCGACUCAUUGUUUAACGGGUGCAAAGCGUAUUUCUAUUUCUUCGAGGUGGCUUCCAGAGACGCAGCAACAACGCCCUUCUUGACAGCAGUCUCGCGUACGUACUGGUAUUGCCUUAAUGUGCUCCAAGAGGUAGAGGAUGCUUUUAGGAGAGUAUUGCCGGUCAACAGGUUCAUUCUGGCCGUCGUGCUCUUCUUGUUUGAUUUGUACAUCUACCUCCCGUCAUCUCAUCGUAUGGAGGAGAAUAGAGUCGACGGCUUACAGGGCGGUUCCUCCCCAGCAUUGUCACUGUGGAUGUUGGUUCGUGGUUGCUGCUCAAGUCCCACAGGAGUGGAUCAGCCCGGUCACGAGUCAUUAUCUGGGAAAGAAAAACACUUUUGGGCGAUGCUGCAAGCUGUGUAUCGACAGCGCUAUUUCGAUGAGUUAGCGCGGUGUUUCGCUCGAAGUGAAUCUUGCGGAGGAUACUUACGAGAUUUUGAGCGGAGUGCUACGGGUGCUGGCAAAACUGAAGACUGCGACGAGGUUUUUGAAAGUCAGCUACUGGCUUUAGAAGCUACCUGGGAUCUACUUGGUGUUUUGACUCGAAUCUAUGCCCUUCCGGAUGACGACAAGCACGAGGACGCUGUGUGA